UUUGCGGAACAGUUUGCAACCGGCAUGCAACAGGCACGAUCAUCAUUCUUCAAUGGUCUACGCACUGUUUCAGGUACCAUCUUCAACAUGUCACCCGAGUAUUUUGUUGCCAGAUAUGACCGCGCCUCCGUCCAGCAAAUUAUGGAUAUGAUUGGAUGGGAGGCGGGGAAGGGGAAGACCUUCGACGUUUUCAAAGCACCGGUACUUUACCCUGAUAACAUUGUUAACGAGAAAAAGAUUUUCAGAAACUGGUUGACGAUCGCGAAGGUCAUCAAGGUUUCAGUGUGCGGCAAGAUGUCAUUGUUCCCCAAGGGGCGUGGUGGCCCGCCUACCUAUGCGAAGAUUUGGAAACUCGAAAGCUGCACUCCCGGUAUGAUUGCAUUUGGUGUGACUUCGGUAUGUAUUGAUAUAAUCUUCAUGCUAUCCCCAGAUCAAGAAUUCUCCGGGGAUGGUAUUGGAGCCAUUUCUUCGAUCCCUUACCACACCGUCUUCCGCGCCGUGAAAAGAUUCUUCAUCGUCAAGUGGACCCAUGAACGCAUCAAAGCCAUUGUGGGACAAAUUAACGGUUAUGUCUUCGAUAAUGUUGCUCAGACGGAGGAGGACUAUACCGCAGGCCAGCCUGAAGACAUGGUUGAUCGUGUCAUGGCAGCAUUGGACGAUUCCGAUAGCAGUUCGGAUGAGGACCCCAUUGGCCCUGACAGCCUUCGUGCGCACCAUCCUACCAUCGUUGAACCAAGUUCUUUGACCGCAUCCUCAUCCUCAAAUACUGUUGCGGUACUAGUAGCUUCUCCCCUGCAACAUGAACCCCCCCUGCCUUCUGAUGUCGUGCCAUCAAUCUCAACUCAGGGUGUGGUACUCAAUCCUGGGUCAAGCGCUACAAGUCCGGAGUCUGCCUUAGCUGCUACAGUGAUAGCAGCACCCCAUCCGAAGCCAGCUAUUGAAGACUCAGUGACUGUCGUUACGAAGUCAACCAAGGGACGUCGGGGAAAAGGUCAGAAGGCUGAUAUAAAUGGGCAAGAUGUUCGCCGUUCCUCUCGUCAGACCGUCUCUACUAAAUAG